CUCCCACCACCGCGCCCUCUCCCGGCCACGGCGUGCCCCGCCCCGUGCAUGAAACCCUACCCCUAAACCCCGCCCCAUCCUCGCCACCCCCUCCUCUCCGGCGAUGGCCAAGGCGCUGCUCUCCUCCUCGUCCCCGCUCCCCGCGCUGCCCCGCGCCAGCAGCGGGGGCGCCGCGGGCCUGCUCCCGCCGCUCCGGCUCCGCCCGGGCGUCCGCCGGCGCGCCGCGGCGUGCGCCGUGAGGGCGGGCCUCCACGGGCUCGACUCGCUCGGGGGCCCCCACCUCCAGGCCGCGCUGGAGCGCGCCGAGGCCGCGCUCUACACGCUCGCGGACGCCGCGGUCGUCGCGGCCGACGCCGCCGCCGGGGGAGGGGACGCGGGGCAGGCGGCCGCGGAGGCGCAGAAGAACGGCGGGUGGUUCGGGUUCAUCUCCGAGGCCCUCGAGGUCGUGCUCAAGGUGCUCAAGGAUGGUCUUUCAGCAGUUCAUGUGCCGUACUCUUAUGGCUUUGCAAUCAUUCUGCUCACCAUCCUUGUCAAGGCUGCGACAUUGCCUCUAACCAAAAAGCAGGUGGAAUCAACUCUGGCAAUGCAGAAUUUACAGCCGCAGAUUAAGGCAAUCCAGCAGAGAUAUGCAGGAAACCAGGAAAGGAUACAGCUAGAGACUGCUCGGUUAUAUAGGCAAGCUGGAGUCAACCCCUUAGCAGGAUGUUUUCCAACACUGGCAACAAUACCUGUCUGGAUUGGCCUUUACCAAGCCCUUUCAAAUGUAGCAAAUGAGGGGCUGUUGACUGAAGGAUUUUUCUGGAUUCCGUCAUUGGGAGGCCCUACAACAAUCGCAGCUCGGCAAAGUGGUUCUGGAAUUUCGUGGCUCUUCCCAUUUGUGGAUGGUCAUCCUCCAUUAGGCUGGCAUGACACAAUAUGUUAUCUUGUGUUGCCUGUGCUACUUGUUGCUUCCCAAUAUGUCUCUAUGGAGAUAAUGAAGCCACCCCAGAGCGAUGACCCAUCACAGAAGAACUCACUGCUCGUAUUGAAAUUUCUCCCAUUUAUGAUUGGAUGGUUCUCUUUGUCCGUGCCAUCAGGACUGUCUAUUUAUUGGUUUACGAACAAUGUCCUCAGCACAGCCCAGCAGGUGUGGUUACGGAAAAUGGGAGGAGCAAAGCCUGCAGUCAGUGAGGGAGGUAGCGGAAUAAUUACAGCGGGACGUGCAAAACGCUCUAAUGCUCAACCAGCUGGGGAAAGGUUUAGGCAGCUGAAAGAACAGGAGAAUAGGAGAAAACUGAACAAAGCACUUGCUUCAGGAGAUUCAAAAGCAUCGGCAUCAGCAUAUGACUCAGAGGAUGAAGAGUCAGAUGAUGAGACUGAAGAAGAGGGAGUACCUGUGGAGGAAGCAUCCAGCACUAGCAGUGACAAGAAACUUCCAAGUUACUCAAGGAAGAAGGGCAAAAGAUCGAAGAGGAAGCGCAUGGUGCAGUAAUCAUUACAGCCUAAUUGGAUGUCGUUUUUGUCUUAACUGAAACGUGUGCAAGAUGAGCCCUCCUCUUCUUUUCUAAUAAUAGUUUGCUGAUGCAGGUUAAUUCAGUUGACCAGUUCAGUGCCACAGUUGAUCUCGGAGACAAUUUUGAUGGUCUCUUGGAGGCCUAAACUUGAGGUGCACACCAAUAGACAUAUCCGGGGUCACAGGUAAUGUGCUGGUAAGUGGUCAGACCAACUAGCUCAGUAUAUGCUAGGCUUGAGGGGGUGGACAGGAGAACAGGAGUCAAGUAAAUGUACAAGCAGAGGGAAAGGAUGUUUAGAAGUAGAUAAAGAUACUCGUGUGUAUUCUGUAAGGUGGGUUCCGAAAUUGGGCAGAAUCUGGACUGUCCAGAGCAUUCAUAUACAUUCCCUUUUUCUCCUCUGUAACCUUAUGUCAUUAUUUGGAGGGUAUAUUGCGAAGCUGACAGCCAUCCAGUCAUACAAAUGAGUUUAGUGCAACUUUUGGCACUGCAUCGUCUAGACUGUUACGAGAAUGAACUAGUGCAGAUCAGCUUUGGUGAA